AUACUACUCUGUGCUGUAUCCAUUAGAGAGGAAAAUCUCUGACGCACGAUCUCGAGAUCUGGUCGUCUACAUCUGGGUCCACGCCAUCGUGGCUAGCCUCCCCGUGUUCGCCGUGACCAACGUGACGGACGUGUACGUCAGCUCUUCCUGCUCCGACGACCACGCCCGCUCCCUGGGCCACGUGGUCUACGUCCUGAUCUACACCCUCACCACGGUGGUCUCGCCCCUGGCCCUGGUCUUCCUGCUCCUGCUGCUGAUCCGCAGGGCGCUCAGCGCCAGCCAGAAGAAGAAGGUGAUCAUCGCGGCGCUGCGCACGCCUCAGAACAGCAUCUCCAUCCCGUACGUGUCGCAGAGGGAAGCCGAGCUCCACGCCGCCCUGCUGGCCGCGGUGCUGGCCUUCUCGGCCUGCAGCGCCCCCUACGGGGCCCUGGUGGUUUACCGCACCGUUCUGGCGGACCCCGAAGCGCUGCCCGCCUCGUUGUACUUCACGGCCCUCUGGCUCCCGAAGGUGUCCCUCCUCACCAACCCCGUCUUGUUCCUGGCUGUGAACCGCUCGGCACGGCACCGCUGCCUGGACCUGCUGUCCAGGAUCCACAGGCGCUACAGUCGGCGCAACACCGUCAGCGUGGGGGGGCUGGCAUCCUUGGGGGGCGACGGGGUCAUCGGGGAGCCUGUGGGACUGGAGACGGCGGGUCGCUCCGGGAGCCAGCUUCUGGAGAUGUUUAACAUCGGCCAGCAGCAGAUCUUUAGACCUGAGGAGGAAGAGGAGGAGGAUGCUGAGAAUCAGGUCCGCUCUCGGGGCUCCGGGGACUGCUCAGGCCACAAAGAGRACCAGAAGUCCGGGUCAAGACUCGGCAGCUUCAGAGGCGAGGUCAAAACCACAAAGGACCCCGGAGGAGGACUUGUCGUUACAAAGGAGGUGCCUCCGUCACUUCCUCGGGCCUCCCCCGUUCAUGCGUGUGCGUACGCCUCCUCGUCGCAGGUGGCGCCCGCCACACCCGCUACGCCGACAGAGGCCGAGGACUCCACACAGUUCGGGUUCGGACCCUUCGAGCUGCCGCCUCAGUGGUUACCUGAGACCAGGAACAGCAAGAAGAGGCUCCUGCCUCCACUGGGGAACACGCCGGAGGAACUGAUCCAAACCAAACUGCCCAGGCAGAGGCCCGAACGCCGCAUCAGCAGGAACAACAAGGUCAGCACCAUUCCCAUCGUGGAUCCAUGAACGGGUCUGCUGGUGUUCCACAGGGAACAYGCCAGCAGAUCCCAUGUUUUUUAUCAUUUCUUCAAACUUUUUUAAGAUUUGAAGUUGUAGCUUUUCUAGAAAUGCUGGUUUUUCACCUUAAGAAGUAAAACCUGAUCAGCCAGGGUUCUGCUGGCUGAAAAUCUUUGAUAUCAAAUAUUUAUCAUGUUUUAUGGGAUAAUUUUUGUGCCAGCAGGAAUUGAAUCUGAAUGUGCAUAAUUUAAACUGAAUUCAUUGGUUUGAAAACAAAUUUCACUA